AAAGACUACAGUACUUGUGCUAUGAAAAUAACGCGAGUCGCGCAUGCGUAUACGUACUGUUGAUGACGGACCGUGACGGACUAGCUUCGUUAGCCAAGUAGUUAGGUUGAUUUCCUCGCUCUAACCUUUAUCUUAGCUACUGCCUGACUUUAAGUCAGUAAGUCAGUCUGUUGUUGCCAACCAUUCGUUAUUCCACCAUGCUACAGUUCCUGGCCGGCUUUACCUUGGGAAAUGUUGUGGGGAUGUAUCUGGCUCAAAACUAUGAGGUUCCCAACAUAGCCAAGAAAAUCGAAGCCUUUAAGAAAGACGUGGAGGCCAAAAAGAAGCCCCCAGAGUGAGCGAAGCGGGACCAAGCAAGAACAGAUGCCCUCUGAAGAAACUAUUUAUUUUACAGUGUUAUGGUACAAUGAGUGUACAUUUGAUAAACGGACUGAUAUGGUAAAAUAUGUAUGAGAAUAUCAACAGUGCCUGGAACCGUAUUUGUCUCUUUCCUUAGUUUUAUAGGCAUGUUCUCAUCGUAGCCUAUUUUUAUAAGAUAAAUUGUGCAAAGACUGGAUUUAAAGAAUAUUGCAACUGACUAAUGGGAUCACUUUAAAGUCCAGUGUCACAGCACUGUUGGCUGUCCUUUUCUCGGAUGCACUGGGGUGUUUUAACCUACACCUCUUUAUUAUCUUCACAUUAGGUGCAUAUAAUGUUCUCUAAAGUGAAUAUUAAUAGAGCAUGCAAUUGCUCUCUUAUCUGUUGUUUUCUAUAAGCUUCCAGUGUAUCAAUAAUUGCCAAAUUUUGUCAUUCGUGCAAACAAUUCUGAAUCAUUCAGCUUACAAUAAAGUUACUGUUUAUGAAUUU